AUGAACAACGAUCAGAAUUCAAAUCCAUCCCUUUCCAAUACUCAGAAGAUUCUUACAGCACUCGUUGCUGGCGGUUGUGCAGGUGCUGCGUCGAAGACUGUCAUUGCACCGUUUGAUCGAGCAAAGAUUAAUUUUCAAGUUCGAAAAGAAAAGUUCAGCUAUAGUCUUUGCUUUCGAUUUAUCAGAGAUACCUAUCGAAACGAAGGAUUUCUUCGUCUAUACCGAGGAAAUUCGGCGAACUUAGCACGUGUUAUUCCAUCAGCAGCGAUUUAUUUCACAUCUCAUGAACAAUGGAAACGUAUUCUAAACACCGAUAAAUAUGAAAAAACACCUGGACGUCGAUUUAUUUCAGGUUCUCUAGCCGGUGCUACAGCUUCGACGACUACGUAUCCACUUGACUUAGCACGUGCUCGAAUGGCAGUCACUAAUAAAACUGUGUAUACGAAUUUGUAUUCCGUUUUUGUAAGUAUUUUACGAACUGAAGGUGUGGCAGCUUUAUACCGCGGCGCCUUGUGGUCAAUCUUUGGUGUAUUACCGUAUUCCGGCUGUGUCUUUUUUACUUAUGAGUCCUUGAAACAUGUCCGUUUCGAUUAUCAGUCUCACCGUCCUCUUACAAAAUUUGAACGAUGGUUAUUUGGUGCUAUCUCCGGUUUAGUUGGUCAAACAGCCUCCUACCCAUUCGAUGUUGUUCGACGUCGACUCCAAACAGCUGCAGUAAUCCGCCCAAACGAAAAAUCUCUUGGUGCUAUAGCUACUGCGCGGAAAAUCAUUCGUGAAGAAGGCAUUACCAGUGGCUUAUAUAAAGGCGUAACAAUGAAUUGGUUCAAAGGGCCUAUCGCAGUCGGUAUUUCGUUUAUGACGUUUGAUACAAUGAUGACAUCGAAUCUCUCAUUAUCUUUCUCAGAUCUACCAAUCAUUGUCCAAGAUAAAAUCAUCCACUCGUUGACCUAUACAGAAUUAAGUCGUUUGCGUUCGAUUUCCAAACACUUUCAUCACCUAUGCUCCGACGAACUCAAUCGCGGAUAUUUUCAAUUGGAAAAUAUCGUUCAUGAUCUACAAAAACAGAUCAAAACCAAACUACCUCGAAGAGAAUCCGAACGACAUAAACACCCGUUAUCAACUAAAUUUGAUAUCAUAUCUUCUUUGGAUUCUCGUAUUCAAUGGCUCAAACUGACAUUUGGCUCAUCAAUUCAAAAUUCGCUCUGUUGCUUCUAUCCGGGUCGAUUACUUGAUGAAAUCUAUUCAGUAUUGAAUCAAUUGAAGACGCAACAAACGUUUCCUAAUCCACGAACACUUCUUCAAGAAACACGUGACAUGUCAUCGAUGGCAAUUGAACAUUUUCGUGAGCAAAUCGAACCCAAACUACAGCAAACGCGAUUCGCCUCGUUAGCAGUUAUUCGGAGUAAUUUAACCACGUUUUCUCCUAGCACGACUCAUACAUCUGUCUCGACUCAUCAUCAUCCAAAACGAUCAACGAACGGAUUACUUCGUCAGCAGAUCGAUACAUUAAACAAUCGAGUCUACAAACAAAAUCUGAUUGUGAAAUCUCAAAAAUAUCAACUAAAGCAUUACAAACAACUACUGCGCAUCCGUACGAAAUCUUUAGUUCGGCAACAUAAACGUCUUCGAUGUCUUGAAAAGAAGAGCAAAGAGACUGAACAACUGCUAAUGGAAAUCCGAAAAGAUAAUGACACGUUAUUACAGCGAUUCGAUCAAUUCAUGCUCACCUACGAUGAACGAUCGCAUCGCAUGUCCACGGACAAAUGCAAUGAGUUGUCAUCUCAUUCGAAACGUCGAAAAAUCAAUUAG